CAAAAUACUAACAAUUUAUGCAUCAAAUUUCUUAAUUGCAGAUCAUGAUAGAGGGCGUCGUUAGAACAAAUAAUGGGUAUGGGGUAAUCGCUAUAGAUAACACCGACCUUAAAGUUGCAGUUUGCAGAGGCACACACAUUCCAGCAGGUUAUCUAGGGUGUUUUCAGGACAGUUAUUUUAUCAAUCCACUAGACUACUUUUUAUACAGAUCUGAUUCAAAUAGUGGAGAAAAAUGCAUUCUUGGCUGCAGAUCACAGGGCUACAGAUAUGCUGGCACGACGGGAUCACGUGUGUGCUACUGUGGAAACAAAAUAAAAUCAUACAAGGUACCAAAUUACGAAUGUGACGCAGUAUGCCCAGGCAACAGGGAUGAAUUCUGCGGAGGUAUAUGGAAGUUGUCUAUGUAUGAUACAGCAGUAUCCGACAUAUCUGGCCCUGUUAUGUCUACAAGCGGAUAUCUAAGCGCGUGGCAGAGUUAUGAUUGCACUUUCGAUGACAGCGUGUGUGGUUGGCAGCAAAGUGACAAAGAUGAUUUUAACUGGUCAAGGAAAAGAGGUGGAACAAUGUCACCAGCUACAGGACCUAGCUAUGACCACACGACAUUGACAAUGUCGACUGCGAAUGUCAAAAUUGAUGCAUCGAACACAGAUGGCGGUGGUAGUUUAGGUUCGGGCACUGUUGUCCUCAUAGUGGCAGGCAUACUUCUCUUUCUGUGUUUUGUGUUUGGUAUUGGUCGCGCAAUAAGACGUCGAUUUAUGGAUGAAAACAUUCCAAGGGAUACAACUCAUCACGAAAACCGGUCUAGUUCUCGGCCUUUCACAAUAACAUGCAGCAUGACAGACAUCCAGUCACGUACUCAAACCUUGACAGUUGACUCACAGCAUUCGACUUCGCGUGAGACAAACUCUGACUCUACCAAUCAAACUGAGAACACCUGGGAUCCUCCGGAUUACGAGACGCUGUUCACAACAAACGGUCGUGAAGAACUGGAAUCGUCAAACGGGAAUGGGAUAGUGUCCUCCGUAGUCAGAAUGCCUGGCAUUGAUGAACGAGCAGACGACACUACCGCUUUUCCAUCGGAUAUGACGUCUAACAACCCAGAAGAGGAUACUCCACCACCACUUGAGUCGCCACCUGCCUAUUGGUCACUUUCGACAACAUACUUUCGGCCAGCUAAUGAUCAAAGUGAACCGCCGGCAUAUCAAGCGGAUUGA